CACAUCUAUAAUGAAAAUGAGCACAUAGAAAAGAUGUGCAUCUUAGUAGAGACAGAAUAACUCUUCAUCUAGAGAACACACACUGAAAACAAAGAUGACAUCAUCAAACAGGAAGCGUGUGGUUUUCUGCGUUGGUGACUCGCAUACCCAAGGUUGCAUCAACAAGUCAGCAAAUUACGUUGAUCUGUUGACAGCUGCCUUAUCGUCCUCGAAGUCGAGUUCCAUCGCAGAUUGCAGUUCACAGGAGACGGGAUCGUCACAGGAGAAAGGACAUUCAGCGGUGACACAUGCGGUGGUGCUGAGUCAUGGAAUCAUUAAGGCUAGCUUUGAGGGGGCUUAAAAUUACCUGCUGGACAACAAGAAAGUCGUGUCCCAAGUGAAACCGCUUGUAGAACGCCACAACUAGUCUGUAGUUACAAGUAGGAGACCUCUCUACUGAUGUGAUUUCUGAAGAAGUCAAAACGAUGAAAAUAGAAAACCAGUACUUCCGCACCCCACAUUUAUUUCGCUAAUAUCAAUGGGCAGCGAACAUGGGAAAUCGGAGACCGUAUAGGGGCAGGUAUCCGCGAAACAUGCGCCGAUGACGUUGUCCUUCUUGCUGGCACAAAUGACUGUUUGCGACAUCUGUGGCAAGAGGUUCAUAAUUCGAGUAUGCUACAAAGGCAAAGGCAGAGGGAGGACGUUGCGAAAGAUUUAUGGUAGGUAGUUCGCUUUUCGAAAUUUAUUUUCGUUCUGAACUUCCUCUGCUUUCUCCAUUAAACCUUCUGGCACUUAUCUCACGCCUAAACCGUUAUUUUCGUUUCGAGUCAAUUUUUGACUCAAAAGUAGAUCGAUGUUGACUAAUCUGUCAUUGAGUUUAUAUAAGUAUGCGGACUCACUUUGUUGACGAGGAACUGGCACGACAUUUACUUCUUGUAUUCUGAUGCAAUUGAGUCUUUUUCUUUACGCAGCGUAAAUCCACUUUCUCUCUCUAAAACUCGCAGUGGAUGCUAGGAAAACCCCAGAAAACAACAUAGAGGCGUUUGCAACGGAUUACAGAGAUUGCUUGUGGGAAGCAGUAAUCGCGCUAGAUGAUGUGAAGGGGAAAAAGCGAUGA